CUGACGCUAAUGUUCUUGCCGUCUUGUUGAAAAAUAGUUUACACAUUUUGUUGUAGCCGACUCUUGGUUUUUAUAUCAGCGUGUAUUGCUAUCAACAAUUAUUCAAGUCCAACGUUUAGCUAGGUCAAGUACAAAAUUUACUUACAAACACUAUCACCUUUUGAUAAAACUUGCCAAAAAUGAGUGACGAAGAAAAUGCACCGAAAAGACCAAAGCUGAGUCACAGAGAGGAGCCAGAUGGAAAUCUGGUAGCAAUCGCUGGUCCAUCGAAUGAGCAGUCACUGCCACUGCCAAAGCCGCAAAUUUUUAAGCUAGUUAUCGAUUGCUUUGACGAAAUAUUCGAGUAUUUAUCAUUGAAAGACCUGCAUUCAUUCGGGCAAACAUGCAAAACGAUGCAAAAAGUGGCCGGCGAGUAUUUCAAACGAAAUUAUUCAGCGGCUGAAACACACAUAAAAAAUGGAGGCAUUGACACAGUGUAUCCAGACUAUAAACAUUCCAUUAAUGGGCAUACUUCAACUACUGCAUUUACCCAAUUCAUCACAAGCAUCACACAGAGUUCAAAUGAACUCAAACCACUGCGAUAUAUUCGCCGGAAUAUUAGAGAAUUUGAUUCAGUUUACAAGAUUUGCUUUUCUGGUUUAACUCUGAACGAGGAAAAAAGCGAACUCAUAAAGAAAAUAUGGCCCAAAAUCGAAACCAUAAGCAUAAAAAAUUGUUGGCUUCGCGGAGAUUUACACAAUAAUGUGUUGACUCAUUGUGACAAUUUAAAACAUCUACUUAUACAACAAACUCGUUCGCGUUAUUUGUUCAGGCUUGAACAGAAUAUUCGUGUCCCAUGGCUGCAUCGAACAUAUCCAAAACUUGAACACUUGGAAGUGAUUCCGGCUCCAUCAGUCAAGACUUUGGAACUAUUUUUCCAAAACAAUCCCAGUGUCCGAAUUUUAUCGACAAACAGCCCCAGUAUUUACACCAGAGUUGGACUAAUGAAAACAAACAUUCAACUGGACUUAUUGGAAGUGAAAGAUGCUCACGGCUUUCGGCCCAUUCCAAAAACAUUCGGUGAUGUAUUGAAGAAACUGUACGACCGUGGUUUCUAUAAACGAUUACAUUUUUUCACUUAUGACAUCGACAAAGAUCAUAGUAAUCUGUUGACUUCACUGCCCGUACUGGAGAAAUUAUGCAUUAGAAAUUGGACAGAAUGCCACAGUUUGACUCGAUUAACGAAUUUAAAAGAAUUGGCUAUUUUAGAUGGAGCAAAGUCCAACGACAUGGAGAUGAUGGCGAACAGUUUAGUGAGUCUUCAACGUGUUUACAUUGGCAAUGCAACAAUCGAUGACAUUCUGCCAUUCAUUCGCCUAGCACCAAAAGUCACCAAAAUCAAAGUGAUCCCCAAAGGUGAAGCUCAUUUCAAUGGAGGACUACUUAAGUUGAACACAUUGAAUAAGGAACGGGGUAAAUUAUUUGAAGCACAAAAAGUAACAAUUUUUGUUCCAGACAGCAUUUUCUUGAAAACAAAAUGGACCACCGAACAUGGAAACACCAAUUUUAAAUUGAUCAAAAUUAAGAGAUCCGAUUCGUAUGAUUGGAACCAACAUUACUUUUGAUUCACAUUUUCUAUUAUUUCAUAAGAUUUUUUAACCCUCCGUCUGACAAAUGGUUCCAGCCAGACCUUUUUCGUUUUCAAUCGGUAAUUUAAUAUAUUUCUAAUUUAUCUAUCGACUUGGGCAACAUGCGCAGACAUAUGUGAAUUCUUGCUUUUGAGGUCUUUCUAUCUUAAUAUUCGUAUCAUUUGCCUAGUAACGCUGAAAGAAGUGUACACUGAACGCAGAAUUGGCGCGAAAAUACAUAUACAGCGGUGUAUGUAUAUCUUUUUGUGUGCUGUGUGUGUAUUGUACAAUGUUCACGUAAUCAAACAUUUUACUGUCCGUUCGGGUAUUGAAUCGUUCUUCGGUAGACCAAUCAACAUUCCACUAAAUAUUGUGGCUACUAAUACCAGCGGCGUCGAUACACUCACAGCCAAGAGAGACUGUAAAAUUUGUUUACACGGAGACGAAAAAAUUCGCCGUAAAACUCGUUUUUACUGUUUCGUGUGUUCAUCGCCAGUAUGUCAACAACAUUCUAAGGACAUAUACAUGUUUUUCUUGCGUUACGUCCACUUCUGAGAACCCAUAAGAGAGUUCGAAUCAUAUUUCCUAAACAAAAACAUUCAUAUCCCUUUUUAUAAUAGCAAACGACAUGCAUUUUGUUCAAAAUACAACGAAAAAAAUAUGACAAACAAAAA